AUGCGUUGCACUCUUUUCGCCCUCGGUGCCUUGCCACUUGCGGCGCGGGCCAUGAACUCUGCUGUCAACCGUGCAGUUGAACCUGCAGGUGUUCUCAAAUUCCCCAUCAAGGGUGUUCAGGGCUCGUCCGGGCUCUCCAGGCGACAACACGGCCAAAGUCUCCCUUCCCAGCAGCAUGGCCUGUUCUACACCAUUGGGCUCGACAUUGGCAGCCCCGGAAACACGGUUGAUGUGCAGUUCGAUACCGGUUCCAGUGCGCUUUGGGUCAACCCCGUCUGCUCCAAGGCCCAUGUGCCGGCCAACUGUGCCAAGUUCGGACGCCUCCAACGCUCAUUCACCUUGAAGCAGCUCGGCCAGUCGCACAACAUCACGUAUGGAAAGGGCUACGCCCACGUCGAGUACGUCUGCGACGUUGUGCAGGUCGGAUCUGCCAAGCUGGCCAACCAGGUCUUUGGUGUCGCCAGGGACAGCGGCUUCGUGACCACGGGCAUCCUGGGUCUUGGCCCUUCCCAGAAAGGCAUCAACAACAAGGACGGUUUUGUCGUCAACUCCCUCCACAACCAAGGCUUCACCAAGAGCAUUGCCUUUGGUGUCGAUCUCCAGGGUGUCGACUCUGCCCGCGGCAGCGUCGUCUUUGGCGGUGCCGACUUGAAGAAGUUCCGCGGUGCCCUGCACGCCACUCCCGUUCUCGACGCUGAGGCUUCUCCCGACGGCGCUGCUCGCUACUGGAUCAACCUCGAUGGCAUUUCGCAGACAGCCGGUGGCAAGUCGGUUACUCUUGUCGGCCGGCGUCUUCCCGUCUUCUUGGAUACCGGCUCUACCUUGUCGUACUUGCCCCCUUCUGUUGUGCAGCAGCUCCUCAAGGGAUUCCCUGGCGCCAAGCGUGACGGGUAUGCCAAUUACCUUGUCGACUGCUCUUUGAGGAGGCAGGACGCCUCUGUCGAUUUCAAGUUUGGCGGCACUGUCAUCCGCGCUGCGUACAAGGACUUCAUCUACCCCUAUGACGCAAACACCUGUUCCCUGGGCUUCACCGAGGCCAAGGACAAGUCCUAUCUCCUGGGAGACAGUUUCCUCCGAUCCGCCUACGUCGUCUUCGACCAGACCAACAGGCAGCUCGCCCUUGCUCAGGCCGAUGACUGCGGUACUCAUCUUGUCGCUAUUGGUCCUGGCCCUGCCGGUCCUCUUGUGGGCGAGUGUGGGGGGCCUCCUGUCACCGGCAGCACUACUUCUCGAACCUCUACCAAACCUACAUCAACUAAGACGACCACGAGCACCGAGACCACUGAAGCUGCCAUCAAGGCUCACCCGGAGUCACAUGCAAAGUCUCACUCUGUCACCAGCUCAACUGGGACUGCUAGCACGUCUAAUGUCACUUCCAGCACCCACCGGGGCAACACCUCGACCUUCACCACCGAGAUGGUCAGCUGGCUCACCACCUGGUGCUCCGGGAGAGAGAACUGCCCUCCCGCAAACACCUCUGAGGCUGCUUCCGCACCAACAAGUGAGCCUUGCCCUGGCUGCAACCAUUCUACCUGCGGUGUUGCCAGCCCAACUGGCGGUUUGACUACCGUUCCUGUUCCCACUGGGAGCGUCCCUGGUGGACUGCCCACAGCUCCCGUCACCGCUGGUGCUUCCCGCAUGGGCGCCGGCGCUUUUGCCUUUAUUAUUGCCGCGGCUUUCCGUGCUGUAAGCCGGCCACUGGCCAAUUUCAGGUCGGAAUAG